GUAUUAUUCAAACACACAAGUCCUUUUACUUCCUUUUUCAGAUUCUAAGCAAACAAAUUGUGUCACUAAGCAGCCAUCAUGGCUAGAGUGAUCUUGUGGUUUCUUGUUUCCUCGUAUCUUUGUCUCAUCGGUCAUAUGAUUGCCGAGGCUGCAAGAGAAGGUGCCUCCAUGAGGAAGGAAGCACACUCCAGUGGGAUUGGAAGAGAAAGUAAGCUCAUGAGGAAUGAAAAACACUCCACUGAGAUUGGAAGAGAAAGUGCGUCCAUGAGGAAUAAAGCACGCUCGAGUGAGAUUGGAAGAGAGAGUAAGCUCAUGAGGAAUGAAGCACACUCCAGUGAGAUUGGAAAGAGUAUCCGACACGUAACCGGAUUUAAGGGUGAACUCACAGCUGGUGGCUACGGCGGUGGAGGCCCGGGAUAUGGUGGUGGUGGAUACGGUCCAGGUGGCGGCGGUGGUGGUGUUGUAAUCGGUGGUGGAUUUGGUGGAGGUGCCGGGUAUGGUUCAGGUGGUGGUUUGGGUUGGGAUGGAGGCAACGGAGGUGGUGGUCCAGGAUACGGGUCAGGUGGAGGAGGUAUUGGUGGUGGAGGAGGUAUUGGUGGUGGAGUCAUCAUUGGCGGUGGUGGUGGAGGAUGCGGAGGUUCAUGCAGCGGAGGCGGUGGUGGUGGAGGAGGAUAUGGACACGGCGGAGUCAGCACGAAGGGAUCAGGCAAAAACUAGAAAAAACAUGCAGCUUGCUUUAGGUAGUGAAAGGAAGAAGAAAUAAGGAUGUACUUUAGCAUCUUGAUCAUGUUUAGGAGUUUGUAAUGGCAUUAGUUUUAAUGGAAUAAGAACCUUUCUACAAAAAAAAAUAAAGAAUUGGUCCUAUGUCUUUUCUUGGUUUC